GCAGUGUAACCGUCAUAACAGAUGAUCUUUGACAAACAACAACAAACAGCCAGAUUAAAAAGGAUCGAAAAUGAUGAGAAAAUUAAUUAAUUUCUCUCUGAUUCCGAAGCGUGCGAUGAGUGUUCGUUCCACCUAUCUAAAAUACACCGAAUAUGGCGAACCACUUAGUGUAAUAAAGAAAUAUGAAGAGACAUUAGAGGAGCCGAAAGGUAAUGAGGUUUUGGUAAAAAUUCUUGCUGCACCGGUAAAUCCAGCUGAUAUCAAUGUCUUGCAAGGAAAAUAUCCCGAUAAACCUCCACUACCAGCUGUACCGGGCAAUGAAUGUGUUGCCGAAGUAAUUUCUUGUGGACCAAAUGCCCAAACAUUACGUCCCGGCGAUCGAGUAAUUCCAUUUGUCACACAAUUGGGCACUUGGCGUACGCACGCUCUGUUCGACGAAACAAAACUGAUAAAAGUGCCGAAGGAAUUGGGAAUUGUGGAGGCAGCUACGAUUACAGUCAAUCCCCCAACUGCUUACCGAAUGUUGAAAGAUUUUGUGGCCGUUGAAAGAGGUGAUACCAUCAUACAGAAUGGGGCCAACAGUGCUGUAGGUCAGGCGGUAUUCCAGCUGUGCAAACUAUGGGGCAUUCAGAGUAUCGGCAUUGUAAGAAAUCGGCCGGAAAUCGAUCUACUCAAAGAUUUCCUGAUGAAAUUGGGUGCAACGGAAGUCCUAACGGAAGAGGAACUGCGAACCACAACAAUAUUCAAAUCUGGUGCUCUGCCAAAACCGAAAUUGGCAUUGAAUUGUGUGGGUGGUAAGAGUUCUACUGAAGUGUUGCGCCACUUGGAUGACAAAGGUGUGAUGGUAACAUACGGCGCUAUGUCAAGAGAUCCUGUGACAGCACCGAAUGCCGCUCUGAUUUUCAAGGACAUUUCGUUUAGAGGCUUUUGGAUGUCUCGCUGGAGCAAAGAAAAUUUACACACAACGGCACGACUGGAAAUGUUGGACGAACUCACUCAGAUUAUAUUGAACGGUGACUUGAUGGCUCCCGUACAUCAAAUGAUUCCAUUCGCCGAAUAUGAACGAGCACUGGAAGGAGCGACGGAUUUUAAAGGUUUCAGCGGAGGAAAAUAUAUUUUUGAUUUUUCGUAGACGAGAAAUAAAUGGCCGUGAGUGAUUGCAACGUAAA